AUGCAGGGUGCUCCACCGCAAUACUGGUCUUAUGACGAUCAGCACUUGAUCAGCACUGACUGUCCUCAAGAACAAUGUCCUGUUCAGUGUCAAGAAACGUCAUCAUAUCUUCUCUUUGGAAUUUCCCCAAGUUCGUGGAGGUCUGUAAAUACGAUGCCAGAAUCCUCUUUUUCUUUUUAA